AUGGCGACGGGCUUUGGCUUUUCAGUCGGUGAUGUUAUUGCUUGUACCAAGGUAGCUAAAUCGGUAUAUCUAGCGUUCCGUGAUGGUACAGGAGCAAGUUCAACAUACCAACGGUUUGUGGCAGAUCUAAAUGGCCUCUUAUGUGGGUUAGAGGAGAUACGAUGUUUAGAAUUCGAUGAAUCGCAAAAGUACCAAAGGUUAGCUCUACAGGAAGCUGCAGACCAGUGCCAACAAACCAUUGAAACGUUCCUCUUACAACAUGCCAAAUUCAAGGCAACGCUUGGAAAGGAGCAGACAGCGUCCAAAUUGAGGACCCGUUUUCACAAAGUCGAGUGGGCUUUGUUUAUGAAGUCCGAGGUUGAUAACUUGCGGACCCAGAUACUUGGACACACGACGACCAUAAAUACCCUUUUAAUAACGAUGCAAUCAUCCACAGCGGCUCAACAGACAAGCACUAUCAAGGAUUAUAAUCAAGCUACGUUGGCACAGUCAGCCUUAAUGAUGAAAGAAACGCAGAAUCUUAUAGGCCAGACUCACAAUAUGCUCGGGACACAAGCAGACACGCUUAGCAGAAUACUAAAUAUCCUUGAAGUUUCGAAAACACAACCAAACAUACAGGAUGUACGAUCGGUCAUGAUAGAAGCCUUUGACAUGAACAUGAAGGUGUAUAGGAUGGCACUUGAUUUACAAAAGUCCCAAGCCCAGCCACAAGUUGACUACCAAGCGCCUGCCUUGCCUCGACAGGUGGAACGGCAGCGGCCCGUGGAGCUGGAAGAUGCCCAUGGAAGAGUGACGCCUUUCCACGUCGAAUUCAUAAACUCCUUUGAGGCUUUGCAAGCGGUAUUGGAAGCUCGAUUCCGCCAUGUUCCCGGUUGGAAGAAAGUAAAGAAUAUGGAGUAUAUUAUGAAGGAAUCCAACUCCAAGCGCCAGCUAGAUUUCAAAGCACCGUGGGAGUCGGUGUUUUUACCCGGAAGGAGCGUGACUAUGAGUAUGGUGUUUUGGAUGCCACCACCAUCUGCACUGAGGUGUCCAGGGUGUCAGCUGGAAAGCCAGGAGAGUGGGACUGAAUGUGAAAUUCAAUGCCAAGGGCCCAGUUGUAAGUUAUGGUAUGAGCGGGUAGUAGAUUUGGAAAAGCCAUCUCUCAAGACAUUUGACAUAUACCCUUCACGGUCAGAGCCAAUAUGGCCCCCGAAAACUGAAGAUGCAAUUCAUGAGUUCCGCCGUGUACAAGUACGGCAUACAAUCGCCGUUUAG